AUAGGAAAAAAUGUCGAAAAACAUGCAAAACACCUCGUACCGAAAGCUGGAUGUGGACUCUUUCGACCCGGAACAGUACGAUGAGAAUGACGAGACAGUCGAUACUCCUGGACUUGGACCCGAUGAGCGCGCGGUUCAGGGAUUUUUGAGCUCGAAUCGGCUUGAGGAUGCUCUUCAUGCGGCUCUUCUCUCCCCGCCACUUAAAACCAAAGAUCAGAACGUAAAAGACCGCGCCACACAGCUCGUCACAAAAGUUCUGCAAUCCUUCAAAAACGCGGAAAUCGAGGCGACUGUCCAGAAGCUUUCGAUAGAAGAAAGUGAUAUUCUCAUGAAAUACGUCUACAAAUCAAUGGAAAUCGGCGCCGACGCGGCCGUCUGUCAGUCUUUGCUCGCGUGGCACGCUCAACUCGUCGCAAAAUUCGGUCACGGAGCCAUUAUGCGUGUCUUCUCCGGUCGCCAACGUCUCUGAUUUAUUCCCGAAUCGUUGUGUUUGCUGUGAUAUUCAUUCCCCCAUCGCUCUCCACAUGUUUCUUGUGAAUUUUGAAUAUUUUUUGUUUCGCCUUAAGCUUUAUGAUGAUAUUUAUUUUAAUUCUUUCUGAUAUUCGAAAAAGUUUUUGAAAGAUAAAUUAAAGCACCACGG